AUGGCUCUCCGCCUCGUCCUCUUCUUCCUCCUCCUCCUCCUCCUCCUCUCGGCCACCGCCACCGCGGCCGAGACCGUGGCUUCCGACGUAGCCCGCAUUGCUGGCGGCGCCACGCCCACUUGCGACGGGCUCGUGGGAGAGUGCGCCGGCGACGGAGAGGAGGACGACUUGGAAGGGGAGGAAGAGACACGGCGGUACCUGUACGGGUACGCCGGCAGCCGGGGACGGGCCCGGUUCAUAAGCUACGACGCGUUGAAGCGGGACCGCGUGCCCUGCGACCGCAGGGGAAACUCCUACUACAACUGCCAGCGGAGCGGGCGGGCCAACCCGUACCGCCGGGGAUGCACCGUCAUCACCCACUGCGCCAGGAUGCUCCACUGA